AUCACAAAAUAUCCCAGUUAAUUAUUUCUGCUUUAUUUAAUAUCUUUUAUUUACACAAGCAUGCCUAGAAAUUCUUUGCAUCAUUCAAACCGUCAAGAUGCAUCCAAUGGAUCAAUGCGAAGAAAGUCUACACCACGAAAAAGGGGAAUAGCUGGUGCAAAUGCAUUGCGUGAAGUUAGAAAAUAUCAAAAGAGCACAAGGUUACUUAUAAGAAAAUUGCCUUUUUCAAGACUGGUACGUGAAAUCAGCAUGAAAUUCGCUCCACAUAUCACUUGUUGGCAAUCUUUAGCGAUUAUGGCAUUACAGGAAGCAGCAGAAUCUCGAUUGGUUGGUAUUUUCGAAGAUGCCAAUCUUCUCGCAAUUCAUGCAAAAAGACAAACUUUGAUGAUCAAGGACUUGCAUACUUUGAUGCUCAUUAAGGAUAUCUGAAUUCACUAGUCUGAUCAUUUGAGACCAAUCAUGAUGUACCAAUACCUAUCUUCUUUCGGAGGAAAUCCAUCAGCUGAAGAAAUAUAUCGAUAUCAUGUGACAAAUGAUGAGUUAACCUUGUAUACACACACAUCUUAUAUUCAACUAGAUCUCCAGUAUUUUCUGAACUUGCGACAAUCUAGUGGAUUUUAAUUAAGACUAUGUGGUAACUUUGUGAGCUUUUAUAUGUAUAACGAAUGUUUUCUAUUUUAUAUAUGUGCUUAGACAAUUCUUAAAAGUUUUACAGAUAUCACGGAAUGCCCCAUGAAUUUUGUUUCAUCAACAUUUAUGUCUUUGAAAAACGUUUAUUUUGAGAAAUUGUAUUGUUGACAAACCAUGUUUUCUGUAAAAUUUGUCAGUUUUAUUAUGAAAGCAUAAUUUGUCUCGUAAUAUGAUUCCAUUUUAAAUAAAUUGUGGUCAUUCCUAGCAUAUAUAUUCGCACCCUCAUUUCUUUUUACCCGUAUAAUGUUUUUUGAGUAAAUUUAUUGCUGUUUGAUGUUUUUAUCGCUAUGUAAAAUCAGUUUGUUUGAAUUUGCCAAAUGUAGAAAAUGUUUUAUCAGGGCUUUUACUGUCAUCCUGAAAACUCAAUGUUUUUAUUAUAUGAAUUUUUUGUAAGUUUUUUUUUCAAAGUUCUUUGCAAUAAAUAUUCAAAAAACAAGGU